AUGAGAUUUCUGAUCACUUUCGCCGCCGUCCUCGGCUUCGCCUCCGCUUCGGUCAUCGCCCCCAUAGCCUACGGCGCCAACGCCGGUGACGUCCAGGCCGCAGUCAUCGACGCCACCGUCGCCGCCCAGGACCACGCCCGUGCCAUCGGCGAGAAUCAGGCGCGCGCCGCCGAGGCAGUUCGUCAAGUGGCAGAGACCAACCGGGACCUUCACGAGAACGCUUAUUGGAACAAUGUGGCCGCGUCACAAAACUACGUCGCAGCCGCCCAGGCCCAGACUGCAGCCCUGAAUGGAGCUGCCGUAGCCUACCGCGCCGCCCACCUUGCCGGCCCCGCCUACGCACCUCUGGCCUACGCCGGCCUCGGCCUCAAUGCUUACGGCUACGGACCCUAUGGUCUUGGCCUUCACGCCUGGUAA